AUAAAAAAAAAAAGAAAAAAGAAAAGAAAAACCCAGAAAGAUUGCAGGUGACAAAAAACAAAAAAUGGAAGUGGCUAAUAAGUUAGUAUUGAUCUUUGUGGUUUCUUUUGUCAUCAUUAUUCCAUACCUAGAAGCAGCAGACAUGGUCCAGUACGAUGAUGUCUGGAAACGACGAGCCCAGGAAGCUAAGAAAAAUAUGAUGAUCACCUAUAUUCCAAACCCUUUAGAAGUCACGCAAGAAUUCGAUUCUCAAUUUAACCAGGACAAGGAGAAAAAUGGAACUUGGGAUUCUGAUGAAAAGUGGGAAAUUGGAAUUGGGGACUCCUCGAACAAUGGAACUUGGGAUUCUGAUGACAAGUGGAAAAAUGAAACCUGGGACUCCUCGAAAAAUGGAACUCGGGACUCUGGUACGGAGAAAGAGAUGAACGAGUCCAGGAGGAACCUGAGACAAGGAAAGACCCUGUAUAAAGGUCCAUGCCACGCAACCAACCCGAUUGAUCGUUGCUGGAGGUGCAAAGACAACUGGUCCAAUCAACGUAAACGUCUUGCAGAAUGUGGACUUGGUUUCGGACGUAGAGCCGUCGGAGGAAAGGCUGGAAAAAUCUACGAGGUCACAAAUAAUCGUGACGACAAUGUGGCGGAGCCUAUACCAGGAACUUUGCGCCAUGCAGUGAUCCAAAAGGAACCAUUGUGGAUCAUAUUUGCGAGAGAUAUGAACAUUAAGUUGUCGAAAGAGCUUAUCGUGAAUGACAAUAAGACCAUUGAUGGAAGAGGAGCUAAUGUGCAUAUUGCUUAUGGUGCUGGGAUUACCAUACAAUUUGUUAGUAAUGUGAUCAUUCAUGGAAUCCGUAUCCAUCACAUUGGUCCUGCUAGUGGUGGUAUGAUUAGGGACGCACCCGAUCAUUGUGGACUCAGGACUCAGAGCGAUGGAGAUGGCAUUUCCAUCUUUGGAUCCUCAAACAUUUGGAUUGAUCAUGUUUCUAUGUCAAGAUGCCACGAUGGUCUCAUUGAUGCAAUUCAGGGAUCCACUGGAAUCACCAUUUCAAAUUCCCAUUUCACUCACCACAACGACGUGAUCUUGUUGGGUGCAAGCGACAGCUUCUCAGGCGAUCAGUUUAUGCAAGUAACAGUCGCAUUCAACCAUUUUGGACAGGGAUUAGUACAGAGAAUGCCAAGAUGCAGAUGGGGUUUCUUCCAUGUGGUUAACAAUGACUACACCCACUGGCAGCUGUAUGCCAUUGGAGGAAGCAUGCAUCCUACCAUUAUUAGCCAGGGAAAUAAGUUUAUUGCACCAAAUAACAUUUAUCUUAAACAGGUGACCAAGAGAGACUAUGCCACAGAAGCUGAAUGGAAGAAGUGGAUAUGGAGAUCAGAAGGUGAUCUAUUCAUGAACGGGGCCUACUUUGUUGAAUCCGGGCAAAAAUUGUCGACCACACCAAGCAAAAAAUAUUUGAUAAAAGCCAAGCCUGGAGUAUAUGCUUCGAAGAUUACUCGCUUUGCAGGGGCACUGGAUUGCAAGCGUGGCAAGAAAUGUUAGAUUAGUCUCUGUCUAAUCAUCUUGAAAUUGAGGAGACUGAUGCUGAAGUGAUGAACAGGACAUGUUUUUUCAUAAAUUUAAUGGAGCCUGAAAGGUUUCAGAAAAAAAAAAAAAAAAAAAAA